UUAGUUUGUAGUUGUUACUUUAAUCGAAAUAGUAAACGAGCGUGCAUCAUAUUAUAUUAUUCUGUUUGUUGUUUGUAUUAUGCUAUUCAGAACAUUAUAUUAAAAUAAUAUGUUUUCGCGGCCUAUUUAUUAUCGUUUGCUAUAAAAAAAAAGCCUUAACGUAUUGGAGUAUCGAGUAUAAUUAUUAAAUAUAAAUAAUCGAUUAAAAAAUUCCAUAUAUUUGUAAUAAACGGAAAAUCGUAGGUAUUAAAUUUUUACAAGAAAAAAAUUUAGCCAAAUUUUUUUAUAUUGUGUGGAACGUUAAAAUAUAUAUAAAUUAUAAUAGUUUAUUAUUCGAUACAAUACGAUGUCCGUGUGAAUAGUCGGGGUACUAUAUACCUAUAUUCUCGUGGAUAAACAGCUAUAAGCGAAAAAGGUGAUUUCAUUAAAUCAUAAGACUUGUAAAUAAUGAAAAUUGAAGGUCAGAAGAGCACGCUCGUUUCACAUGGAAGCAGGGAUAUGGAUCAAUUUACGUUUUACGUUGUCACUUACAAUGUAUCUUCGAAAUCUCCGAACCGAUCGUUGAUUAAUUUAUUACAAUGGGAAAGCCAAGACGAAAAAAAUUUACCAGACUUUUGUGUAUUCGGCUUCCAAGAAAUCAAAUCACAACCGCAAAACUUAUUGUUAGACUCUGUAUUCGAUGAUCCCUGGACCACGGCAAUUAGAGACGUAUUGAACGGCUUUGAUUAUGUAAAAAUACGUACUGUGAAAAUGGUUGGACUGUUACUCAAUGUAUUUUGCAGACGAAAACACGUUCCCCAUUUGACGCAUAUGGAAACGUCGGAAACACGGACUGGUCUUUUAGGUCUAUGGGGAAAUAAAGGAGCCGUUAGUUUCAGUUUUAAAAUAUACAAUACUACGAUAUGUAUCGUGAACAGUCAUUUUGCGGCACACGAAGAAUACUUAAACGACAGAGUGAAUAAUUAUCGCACUAUCGUCAAUAGUCAAUUAUUUGGUUUGUCCAGGAAAACAAUUUUAAGUCACGAUUAUGUGUUUUGGAUUGGCGAUUUGAACUUUCGCUUGGACGACAGCAGAGCUUAUUCGUCCGAACUAAUAGCACAGAUUAUUAGCAGCGUAGAACUGACUCGUCGAUCAGCAAACACAUUGACUGACCUUUGGACGCAGGACGAGUUGCGUACAGUCAUGGAAAACGGAAAAGCUUUCGAAAACUUUAUCGAACCGUUGCCAAUGUUUCCACCGACUUAUCGAUUUUUAGUCGGCCACAGUCAAUACGAUCUCAAGAGAAGGCCCGCGUGGACGGAUCGUAUAUUGUACAAAACUAAUGCCUCGUCACAAGGUAAAUCCUUGUUGGAUGUGAUGUCGUAUAAUCAUAUAGAUUCUAUAACUCUAAGCGAUCAUAAACCAGUUUAUGGAGAAUCUCGCGUUCAGAUAAGUAAUAAAAAUUGUGUGGAGAGCAACAUUCAGACCGUCGUAUUCCAUCCAAUUCAAGAAUGGCUUUUGGAAUCGGAAAACGAAGUCACUCUUCGCGUCAAAGGAUUUACUCCUAAUGUGAACGACUGGAUCGGUAUUUACAACGAAAAUUUCACUAGUCUAAACGAUUAUUUAUCUUACGUUUAUUUACCGUCGGAAACCAUCGAUCCGGAAGAGGACUCCAUUAGCGAUCCGACCAACUUUAAUUCGAUAUCGCCCAUAUGCCGAGUUCAGUUCCUCCCGGAAGUGUUUCCAGAUGGUUCCAAAAGUGUCUGUUUGAAAUUUUCAGAAACGUCAGUGCUCAAUCCCGGCAAAUACAUUUUAAUUUACUUCAGCGCCAAUAAUCAUUCGGUGCUCGGAGUGUCGCAGACGUUUGUUGCCGUGCAUCGUCAAAACCUACCUUUAACGCCCCCCAGAGAAUUUGGCUGGUGAUAUAUUUUUAUUUAAUGAUAAUCAAUAAAGAAUAUCUACUUAAUGGUAAAAAAAAUUUGUCGCGGAUUUAUAUUUUUUUCUUAUCGCAUUUGGUCUUUCGGUUAAAAAUAACAAUGUUCCGCUCGUUAACACGUGAUUAGUAUUGUGCAAUUAAGAUAGUUUCUAAAGAUUAUAUCUAAUAAGCCAGUAUUUUAAUUUUGUUGUUGUCUUUUUUUUACAUAUUUAUAGGAUUGUUUACCGUUGUUAAUGUAUGGAAAUUCUAUAAUAAAUAAAUUCUUUUUUUUUGUUGUA